AUGAGAAUGAAUGCCUCUGCAAAAUACGAUAUUCCUGAAAAUGGCUUAAUUUGCAUUAAGGGUACUUAUCUUAUUGCAAGCCUUUCCAACUAUACAGUUACAGUAGCAUUUCCUGCUGAUGAUCUUUCUUACGGAGAACCAGAAACAUUUGAUAAUCCAUUCCAGGUUAAUAUUAAAGUCAAUUUCCAACAAUUAUAUCAAGCAGAAGAAGAACUACUUAUGCCAAUAUCUAAAGUUGAGUGUAAGGAUAAAUCAAAAUCAUGCAGAGUCCAGAUUGUUCCCAUUUUUAUGUCAGUUGAUGCCCAAGCUGAUAUGAAAGAAGGAGGAAUGAAUAUGAAAUAUAAUUUUGUUUCCUCAUCAACUUUUUCCACAAAGAGUCAGUUUACAAUGGAGAUUCCUAUUAAAUUUAAGGCUUCGCUCGAUAUAAAUGCGGCUACGCGUGAAAUGACUGCAUCUAUGGACGCAAACAUGCAGCAACUUUAUAUCAUGGGAAAUACUAAAAAGAAAGUUACCAUUACAUUUCCUGAAACAGAUUACACGUUCCCUAUAACAGCUGAUUCAAAUGCUGUUAAGGUUCAUCAACAGUAG